UCACACUGUUUUGAGCCAGGCUUUGGGCGUUGUAUUAUUUUAUUUUGGUAACAACGAUAUAAGCAAUUAAAUAAAUGUGUAGUUUUAAAUGCAUGUAAAGUGCUCUGUUUUAACAUUAAAGUGAUACAAAUGUGAAUUGCAUUUCGCUCUCAUUAAACGCAAAUGACAAUAAUACGACGUUGCAAGAACAGCAAGUGCCUAAUUGAGAAAGAUAAUAUUAAGUCCAGUGACUGACUCAAUUAGUCAACGGCACAUUUAUCCACUUCACUGUCAUUCAAUUAAUCGUGGGGGACUAUGUCCACAAUCGAAGACGAGCGCAAAGCGUAUGAGAACAAUCCAUAUUUCACUGGACACAUUUACGGCAGUUAUACGCCGUUUUAUGUGACUAUUUCCAUUUGCACCGUCGUACUUGGCUCGAUAAUUCUAUUAAAUAUUAUCUUGGGCUGCUGCUCCAAGCAUCGGAAAUAUUGGCAAGACAGGCACACGGGCAACCGCUGGUUGGUUUCCAUUUGGUCCUCGACACCCCACAAGCAAUCACCUCUAGACUUCACAGAGUUGAAAGACGCCUCUUACUUUGAUCGUUUCCAUCCCACAACGCAUCAGCAAGUGUUCCCCGACGAAGUUGUAAUAAACGUCGACGAUUUGGAGCCCAUACAUCAGUCUCAUCCACAACAUCAACGCCCACCACGCCCUGAGGGUCGCACAUUGCACCAACAGCGUCAACGCGACGAAUAUCUUGAGCUGCAGAAGCGCGAGAGCGACAUCUAA